AUGCAGACGACACGACCGUGUAUUGUCAGCUGUUGUGUGGUAGCUGCCAUCGGUUUUGUAACGGGCGCGCUAAUUGGUCACUUUGCGACUUCGACACGCAAUGACUCCACAAAGACACCCAAGGAACAGAAAGGCAGGGAUGGUAUCGAUCCAUCAGUAAAGGCUGACAUACUGAAUGAGAUUAACGCAGAAAGCAUUAAGGAAAACCUAAGGUUUUUGACUAGAAGCGCUCAUCUGGCGGGAACCCCAGCCGACCUGGAGAUUGCGCAAUAUGUCAGAGAACUCUGGAAGCUGUACGGACUGGACGUGGAGAUCGUCCCUUACGAAGUGCUUCUAUCUUACCCACGGGACGAUCACAUCAACACGGUCAGCCUUGUCGAGUCGAACGGCACGACCACAUACACAACCUCUGCCGGGGAUGUGGCCAUCAGACUGGUUGCGGACCAGGCAGACGGAGUACAGCCCUUCAAUGGCUUCUCUGGCAGUGGAAACGCCACGGGUAAUGCUACAUCCCAUUUAUAUUUUUUGGCGUCUAUCUGUGUGUCUGUGUGUCUCUCUGGAGAACUUGUCUACGCUAACUAUGGACAAGAGUCAGACUUUGCUAAAUUGAAGUCACAAGGGAUUAACUGCACAGGAAGGAUUGUUAUUGCCAGAUACGGAAAGAUCUUCAGAGGAAAUAAAGCCCUUUCAGCCCAGAAAGCUGGGGCGAUAGGUCUAAUACUGUACUCUGAUCCCGCCGAUUAUAAUCCUCUAGCCAACAACACGAGCGUGUUCCCCAACAGCUGGUGGAUGCCCGGAAGUGGGGUGCAGAGGGGUGGGCUAGCAAUCAACAAGGGUGACCAAUACACGCCCGGAUAUCCGUCUACAUGGUAUGCAUACCGCUUACGGGACGUAGAGUUAAACGAAAGACUACACAGAUCCCAGUUCAUCAGUCAGCUACAACGAUGCUCUGCCUUUGCUCAGAUCAAUGGCUGGACCGGUAGCACCCCCUUCAUUUCGCGGAGGCUUGCCAGUUACAUACAGAUUAGGUCCACAGCUCACCAAUAUCAGGAUAAAACCCUGACUGAGAUAAAGGCUGCUCAGGUUUUACUCUCUCUGCUGAUCGUGAAGAUGGAUAUCCAGAAUUACCGUACAAACAGAACAGUGUACAACGUGAUUGGCAAAAUAAAUGGCGCAGUAGAAAAAGACCGGUACGUUUUAAUUGGAAACCAUCUAGAUGCAUGGAUACAAGGAGCGGUUGACCCCUCUAGUGGAACCGCAACAUUACUGGAAAUAGCUAGAGUGUUCGGACGGCAACUCGAGAAAGGUUGGGUACCCCGUCGUACUUUGGUGUUCUGUAGCUGGGCGGCUGAAGAAUACGGAAUGGUCGGUUCCACAGAAUGGGUGGAGGAACAUCUGAGAAUAUUAGACAAGCGAGCCGUGGCCUAUUUAAAUGUGGACAUUGCAGUACAAGGAAAUACAUCUUUUUCCGGGAAAGCCGUUCCUCUGUUGCGCUCAUUGAUGCUGGAGGCAACCAAACAGGUGACAGACCCGAGAAACCCCCGCCAGACUGUGUACGAUGCCUGGGUGGGGAACAUACCUGACGAAUUCACUGUCUCAGCUUAUUUACGUUUCUGUUCACCUUUUUGUCUUGUUUUGUUUUUCAGAGUAACUAUUCCGGGAUCUGGAAGUGACUUUCAUGGGUUUAUUCUACUAGCUGGAGUUCCGGUGGCAGAUAGCAGAUAUACCUGGGAUCAUCGACGUUGGAGACUCCCCAGCUACCCUCUGUACCACACGGCUUACGACCUCUUCGAUCAGAUGCUGCUGAUCGACCCAUACUUCCGGUCCCACCAGGCAGUGGCCCGCGUCAAUGCAUACAUGUUGCUGAAGCUUCUAGAUGCCCGGAUACUGCCGCUGGACGUACAGCAGUAUGCCCUUGCCGUGACGAAGAAUGUGGACAAGCUACAGGACAGAAUCUCCUCGCAGCUGCAACAGGGGAACAUAAAUAUUGAUUCUGUGAUGUCGGCUGCAAUGAAUUUUUCUCGAGCUACAACCAAAUUCCAAAAACGCCUUGCAAAGUUGGACCUUUCCAACGAUCUUCAGGCUCGGAUAAUCAACGAUCAAUUGAUGGGGGUGGAGAGGGUGUUUAUAGAACCACACGGUCUUCCAGGCAGACCGGAAAUCAGGCAUGUCGUUUUUGCACCGUCGCUGACCAAUAACUACGCGGGCGUUUCCUUCUCGGGAAUUACCGACCUUCUACACAAAAUCUCGAGCACCGACGUGAAGAGGUGGGAAGAAGUCAAGAAACAGAUUUCUGUGAUAACGUACGCCAUUCAAAGUGCUGCAAAUCUCCUGGCUCCAGUAUUAUGAUUAAUAAGUUGGAUUUCAAUAAACUUUGAUCAGUUUUUGUGGCUGAUCAAAUGUUAUAAAUUAAGUAUCUAGUUAAGAGAUCCAAUAAAGAUGUAAGUCAAUAAAACUAGAGAAAUAACGGAAUAAGAUAAUUGAAAUACGUAACAAAAGAAAUAUGUGUGUAGGCUUAUAUGCAUGAUUAAUUCGCAGAGUUUUCAAAAGUAGGCGGCUGAAUUGAAAGUAAUUAUGUCACUAUUACUAUUGAUUUAAAUAGUAAGAAUAUUCAAAGUAGGCGACUACUGGGACGGCAGUAGACAGUUGUCUGCAGCCUGCUACUGGGACGGCAGUAGACAGUUGUCUGCAGCCUGCUACAGGGACGGCAGUAGACAGCUGUCUGCAGCCUGCUACAGGGACGGCAGUAGACAGCUGUCUGCAGCCUGCUAC